GGAUCUUGUAAUUUGUAUGAUCAUUAUCCGGAUAUCCACAAGAUUGGAGUCCCACCGCCAAAUCCACACUUGGAUUUUCGACAAACCUUCCAGCGAUCCCCAUGGGCCCUCACGUGGGGCAAUGGUCUGGGUGGAUCUACAAACAAGGGAGCCGCGUCAAGACAUGGAAGAAACGGUACAUGGUGCUCCAGGGGCGCCACGUCACGUACUACGACAAGUCGGUGCUGGAGCCAAAUCCGACCGAGAAAGGAGCGCUCGUGCUCGUCGAUGUGACGCAGAACUUUGCGAUUGCGAACGGUCUCUUUUUGCAUGACAACAAGGGCAAACAGAUGAAGAUCUACACUGACACUACCGCCGAGUUCCAGGACUGCUUUAUCUCCAUGCAGCGCGUGUGUCGGGGGGACGCGCCGCCGUCGUGUUCCCCGCAAACACAACCGCCCGCCAUGUCAACGUCGUCACCUUCGUCGCAACGAUUCACAUUGUCGUCUCAAUGUGCAUUACCCGUGCACUCGUACCGUCCACCGAGCGGCAACCCCGAACCCGUGCAACUCGCCCGUCCUGUCUCGCGUUCGACAUCGGAGCGCAUUCCGGCGCGUGCUGCGGCCGACGUACGCUUCGCGCCUCCCGAGCGUGCCUUGUCCGACCGAGUCGAGCGCAUACACUUGUCGUCCGACGCUCCACCUCCUCCUCGCGCGUCGGGUCCCAAGCUGGUCAUGUUGUCGUCGUCCCAGUCGUCGAACGAUCAUUCGCAACGCAUUCGCUCCACGAAUAAUGUCGUGGGUCGCAAGGGCGUACUCCGCGGGUGGUUGUACAAGGAAGGCCAGCACGUGCGCAACUGGAAGCGGCGGUACUUUGUGCUUACGGGGGACCACUUGGCGUACUACGGCAAGCAGGGCGAGGCCGCCAAGGGCGACGGGCGCGUGGUUGAAGUGGCUUUGAACCCCCAAAGGGCAUUUGGAUUGCUCGUUCGCCUCGAUUCCGACCGCAUUUUGCGCGUGGCGGCCGAGUCCGAAGACGACAUGGAGCGGUGGCAGUCGGGGCUUCGCGCGGCGCUCAAGAACCAAGAGUACCUGGAGCGCCGCAUCAGUAGCAGCGUCCGGUACGCCGGGUACCUGCACAAGAAGGGCAGCAACAUCAAGACGUGGCACCGUCGGUGGUUUAUGCUCACGGGGCUCAACCAGCUCGGGUACUGCGAUAACGAAGGCGACACGCCCAAGGGGUACGGCAAAGUGCUCGACGUGUGCGCGAACCUCAAGCGCGCGCACUGCUUGUACAUCCAUUUGGACUCUGGACGGCGGCUGUCGGUAGCCGCCGACUCCCAAGACGACAUUGACGGGUGGUUUGCUGUGCUGUCCAAGGUAGCGGCCGCCGUCGCGCAGACGUGCCCAUCUCCCGUCGUGAAUACGCCGACUUCAUGUGCGCAUCACCGUGGAUGGUUGCAGAAGGAAGGCCUCGCCAUCAAGAGCUGGAAGCGGCGGUACUUUACCCUCCAUGGACGCAUGUUGGUGUACUACAAGGACAUGGAGGAUGGCGGCCACGCUGUCGGCCAGGGCCUCGUGGAUGCCGCCGCUGAAGGCACGUCGAGGCCAUUCGCCAUUGACAUUCACUUUGAAACCGGGCGGGUACUGCGCGUGGCCGCCAAUUCCGAGCGGGACCGCGCCGCGUGGCUAGCGGCACUCCGUCGCGACCACCAAACAGGUGGCGGUGCCGGUCCGUCCUUGUUGGCUGCGCCAUCUGCAACAGGCCCGUUGGAAGGCUGGCUCGAGUGGGAAGGCGCCCGCACGUUUUUUACGCUAACUGGGAGCCGCGACGUCACGUGGUUUGCCAACCCGAACGGCCUCGUGCUUGGAAAAGGCACGCUGCAGGACAUGCGAGUCGAGAAUUUCCAGGAUUUCGUCAUGCAUCUCGUGUUUGCAAACGCAGCGUCCAUCCGGGUUAAGGCCGAAACGACCGACGAGUUGGCCAUGUGGCGCCAGGGUAUGACGAUGGCAAUCAAGGGCCGCCAGGCUGGGGUCCAUUCGUCAGCUGGUACCACCACAUCGCUGACUAGUGCUGCAUUUUCUAGACGUACUUCUUGUAUGAUGACACAAGAGGGGUGGAUGCUAAAGCAAGGCAAACAGGUCAAGAGCUGGAAACGGCGGUACUUUGUCGUCCACGGCACCGACCUCGCCUACUACAAGGACGAACUGCGCGGCACCGUGCUGGGCCAAGGCACCUUUGUGCACGUGAAACCCAAUCCAGACAAGCCGUGGAGCCUUGUGAUCAUCCUCAACACUGGCCGGCUGCUGGUUGUGGCACUCAGUUCAGAGCACGACGAAGCGACGUGGCUGCACGCGUUGCAGUCGGCGUUACAACCACCACCCGACAGCCAGUCACUUGAACCCCAUAUUUCUGUGGCUGCAGUUGCUGCGCAAGUUGCUCCGGUAGCAAGACGAGGGGAUCGUACCAACGACAAUGAAGGCGACAAGGUUGAAGAUAUCUACAACACCCACCUGAGCUCGACUGACAGCCUCGAGUACUUUGAUGAUAACGACUUUGAGGAUGAACUGGACAGCGAUAUGGGUGACAACGGGUCGAUGUCAUCGAGUGAUAUGGACGGACGAGCGGCCAAGGGGACGACGGGGGACUACGACUCGGACGGCCUCAGUUCCCUCUCGAGUAUGUCGGAUUUUGAAGAUUAGGCGGCCCCAGGACAGUACAGUACAGUGCUUAAAAUAUACUAACCAACCCCCCUUGCUUUGAAUAUAUAUAUAUAUAUAGUCCA